UCGGCGUGAUGAUGAUGAUGAUGAUGAUGAUGGUGUGGAGUCUGAGGCUCACACGCAUGAAUCAGUGAAGUAGAAUUGUUUCCUGGAGGGAUGUUUGAUGCUGUCUUCACCUCUGCACUUAAGUUUUAUUGGCGCUGGAAACAAAGUCUGUCUGAAGACUCGCGCGCUCUUUGGAACUGAAUUUACGCGUCUAGAAUAUUUCCUUAAUCUAACGGAAGGACGCGAUUCAGGAUUCAUGAAGCAGGAUUGACUGAAGGUAGAAUUUAGCGCAUUUUAGCAGUGCAAAAUGUGCGAAAAAAGCGACAACCACUUUGGAACGGACGCUUCUCAGACUGGGCAGAUGAAAAGCUCCGAUGGAAACUUCGAUCAGGUUGAAAUCUCCGAAUGUAGAGACAUUGUUCCUACCUGUAACACGCGCUUGUACCGGAGGCGAUGGCUCAUUUUGUGUCUCUUUAGCUCUUAUUCGCUGUGCAACGCGUUCCAGUGGAUCCAGUACGGAAUCAUCAACAACAUCUUCAUGAAAUUCUACAACGUCUCUUCAUUCGCCAUCGACUGGCUGUCAAUGAUCUAUAUGCUGACUUACAUCCCCUUCAUAUUUCCAGUGACAUGGCUGUUGGAGAGGAAGGGGCUGCGGGUGAUCGCUCUGUUCGCAGCUUCGAUCAACUGCGUGGGAACGUGGAUCAAAGUGGCCAGCGUUCAGCCCAACCUGUUCUGGGUCACGAUGCUCGGACAGUUCGCCUGUUCCUUUGCGCAGGUGUUCAUUUUGGGAAUGCCGUCUAAGGUCGCGUCCGUGUGGUUCGGAUCUGAUGAAGUGUCCACCGCCUGCGCCAUCGGCGUGUUUGGAAACCAGCUUGGCAUUGCUAUUGGCUUCUUGAUCCCGCCGGUUCUUGUGCCCAACGUGGAUGACAUGAAUGAACUGGCUCAACACAUCAGCGUCAUGUUCUACAUCACAGCCGCUGUGGCCAGCCUCAUCUUUCUGCUGGUCGUGUUUGGACUGAACGUUGGAUGUUUCUAUGCCGUUUCCACCCUGUUGAACAGGAUGAUAAUAGAGCAUUACCCUGGUGAAGAGGUGAAUGCUGGGAGAAUUGGCUUGACUCUCGUCAUCGCUGGCGUGGUCGGCUCUCUGCUCUGUGGAAUCUGGCUAGACAAGACCAAGACUUAUAAGCAGACAACGCUCUCAGUGUAUCUGCUGUCGUUUGUGGGGAUGGUGAUCUAUGCAUUCACCCUGAACUUGGGUCAUCUGUGGGUUGUGUUCCUCACAUCAGGACUGCUGGGGUUCUUCAUGACGGGUUAUCUGCCGCUGGGCUUUGAGUUUGCAGUAGAGCUCACGUACCCAGAGUCAGAGGGAACAUCAUCUGGACUGCUCAACUGCUCAGCGCAGGUCAUGCAUCUGCUCUUCACUUUUAGAUAUAUGGAUAAGUCAAAUCUAAAAAGACAUUCAAGGGACCUAUUCCCACUACUGUGA